UUUUCACUUUCCCAUUAUAUAAGAAAUAAUAACGAUCUCCUAUCACUAUCCACAAUCUCGUAAGUUACUCUCAUUCAUCAAUUCUCAUCGUAUUCUCUUUACUCAGGUUUUCUCUAAAAUUAAGAGAUAGAAAAAAUGUCGGAAAAGGUGGGAGCGAUGGGUGGUAACAAUGGAGGAGCAUUCGACGAUGGUGUUUUUGAUGGUGUGAAAAAAGUAAUAGUUGGAAAGGACUUCAGGAAGGUAACUUAUAUCAAGAUCGAAUACGAAAAGGACGGAAGAUUCGAAAUUCGUGAACACGGGACGAAUCAUGGGGAACUAAAAGAGUUUUCAGUGGAUUAUCCGAAUGAAUAUAUCACAGCCGUUGGUGGAAGCUACGAUACUGUUUUCGGUUAUGGAUCAGAAUUGAUCAAAUCAUUACUCUUCAAAACCUCUUAUGGAAGAACCUCUCCGAUACUUGGUCAUACGACAUUAUUAGGGAAUCCAGCUGGGAAAGAAUUCAUGCUCGAGAGCAAAAAUGGAGGAAAGCUUCUUGGUUUCCAUGGUCGUUCUGGUGAAGCUCUUGAUGCCAUUGGACCUCACUUCUUCGCUGUGAAUUCUCCUCUCAAGCACUUUAAACUGCAGGGUGGGAACGGAGGGAGUGCUUGGGACGAUGGUGCUUUUGAUGGUGUUAGAAAAGUGCUUGUUGGACGAAAUGGUAAGUUUGUGAGUUAUGUGAGGUUUGAGUAUGCGAAAGGCGAAAGAAUGGUACCACAUGCUCAUGGGAAGAGACAAGAAGCUCCACAAGAGUUUGUGGUGGAUUAUCCUAAUGAACAUAUUACAUCGGUCGAGGGAACAAUAGAUGGUUACCUUUCUUCGCUUACAUUUAAGACAUCAAAAGGAAGAGUCUCCCCUGCUUUAGGGAAUGUGGUUGGUAAUAAAUUUGUGUUCAAAGAAACAGGUUUUAAACUUGUUGGGUUUUGUGGUCGGUCUGGUGAUGCUAUUGAUGCUCUUGGUGCACAUUUUGCCCCUCUUCCCGUUCCGGCUCCAGCUCCAGUUCCAGCUCCAGCUCCAGCUCCAGCUCCCGCUCCAGCUCCAGCUCCAGAUCAUGCUCCUGUUCCUGCUCCAGUUUCCAGUGUAACCACUGGCGGGACAGGAUCUAACACUGGAGGAAGCGGAUUGGACACGGGUUCUGGUGGACUCCAAAAGAUGGAAACACAGGGAGGUGAUGGAGGCAAUCAAUGGGACGAUGGAUCAGAUCACGAAGGUGUGAUGAAGAUAUAUGUUGCAGCUGGUGGUCUAGGAAUUGAGAACAUCAAGUUCGAUUAUGUUAAGAACGGAGAGAUAAAGGAAGGAACUUUCCACGGUGUUAAAGCUAGAGCUAUCAUUUCUACGAUCGUGAUAGGUCAUCCCGAGGAAUAUCUCGUUUCUGUAGAGGGUUGGUAUGACUCUUCUAAUAUCAUUCAAGGAAUCAAGUUUCAAACCAACAAUACUACUUCUGAUUUCAUUGGAUAUGAAUUUUCUGGAGAUGGUACACAAUUUUCACUUCAAGUUAAGGACAAGAAGAUCAUCGGUUUCCAUGGUUUCGCCGACUCGCACCUUAAUUCUCUUGGGGCUUAUUUCGUUCAAGUCUCAUCCUCUUCUUCCUCCCUGACUCCUCCUCCUAACAGAGUUGAAGCUCAAGGAGGAAAUGGUGGAAAAACAUUUGAUGAUGGUGCUUUCGAUGAUGUAAGAAAGGUUUAUGUUGGUCAAGGCGAUUCCGGGGUAGCUUAUAUCAAGUUCGAAUACGAAAAAAAUGGCAAAAGAGAAACAUGCGAGCACGGAAAACAGACACUGUUAGGAACAGAGGAAUUUGAGGUUGAUUCGGAUGACUACAUCACAUCAGUUGAAUUUUACUAUGAGAAAAUCUUUGGCCUACCAACAGAUAUCAUAACAUCUCUUAUCUUCAAAACAUUCAAAAGCAAAACCUCUCAGCCUUUUGGAAUGGUUUCCGGAAACAAAUCUAUACUCGAAGGAGGCAAAAUCGUCGGGUUUCAUGGACAAGCAAGCAAUGUUCUCCAUUCUCUAGGAGUAUAUAUAUAUCCCUCGACGACAUCUUCUACUCCCGUAACUCCUUCCUUUAAACUUCCAGCAAAAGGCGGAAACGGAGGAGUUUCUUGGGACGAUGGUGUUCAUGAUAACGUGAGGAAGGUUUAUGUAGGACAAGGUGAUUCUGGUGUUGCUUUUGUCAAGUUUGAGUACUAUAAAGGAUCGGAAUUGCUUGGCGGAGAUGGUCACGGGAAAAUGUCAUUGCUCGGAACAGAGGAGUUGUUUUGGCAGUUUGUGAUCCAUCCAGAUGAUUACAUAACAUCUGUGAAAGUUUACUACGAGAAACUCUUUGGCUUGAAGGUAGAAAUCAUAACGGCUCUUAUAUUCAAGACAUUCAAGGGUAUAACCUCUCAGCCGUUUGGAAUCACGUCAGGUGAUUUCUUCUUGCUCGAAGGCGGAAAGAUCACCGGUUUUCAUGGGAGUUCGGGCGACGUUCUUCAUUCCAUUGGAGCUUACAUGUCUCUUUCGUCUACUCCGAUGUUGCGUGGAAAGUGGAUCCAGGUGGAGCAAAAAUCAAAUGAACCUGGACCAAGAUGUUCUCAUGCUAUAGCCAUGGUUGGAGAAAAAAUGUAUUCCUUUGGAGGAGAGCUAACGCCUAAUUUCCACAUCGAUCAACAUCUCUACGUCUUCGACUUCAAGACUCAUAACACAUGGUCACUUGCUCCUCCAAACGGUGAUGUUCCGGACCUCCCUUGCUUAGGUGUUUGCAUGGUAGCCAUCGGCACUAAACUCUACGUCUUUGGUGGCCGGGAUGGCCACCGUAAUUACAACGGUUUCUACUCUUACGACACGGUUAAAAGCGAGUGGAAACUCAUAACGCACGUCAAUAAAGGACCUGCACCACGUAGCUUCCAUGCGAUGGCUGCUGAUGCGGAAAAUGUUUAUGUCUUUGGUGGAGUAAGUACUACGGCACGUCUCAAUACAUUGCAUGCUUAUAACAUCGUUAGUGAAAAGUGGAUUGAGUUUACCAAUCCAGGAGAGUCUUGCAAAGCGAGAGGAGGACCAGGGCUUGCAGUUGUUCAAGGAAAGAUUUGGGUUGUUUACGGAUUUUCUGGGGACGAAAUGGAUGAUGUUCAUUGCUAUGAUCCGGUUGAAAGUAAAUGGACUAAAGUGGAAACAAGCGGCGAAAAGCCAUGGGGGAGGAGCGUGUUUUCGAUAGCGGUUGUUGGGAAAUAUAUAAUUAUAUCUGGAGGUGAGAUUGAUAUGGACCCAAAGGCUCAUUUGGGACCAGGGAUAUUGAUCGGUGGAGCUUUCGUGUUGGACACGGAGAAUUUGAUGUGGGAGAAACUCGAGGAAGGUCAUAGUCCGCGUGGAUGGUGUGCGUCCACAACUGCGUCCAUAGAGGGAAAGAAAGGUUUGUUGAUGUAUGGAGGGAAGUCUCCUACCAAUGGUCGUUAUGAUGACAUAUUUUUCUAUGGAGUAGACUCUGCUUAAGAACGGUCAGUGUUGGUGAGUUUGUGAGUCUUCGUAAGUGUGGUAUGUUGCAUCAAGGGAGGGAUUUGGUUUGUAAGACUCAAAAAGUUAUAAUACUCUUCCUUGGUUUAUCUACGUUUUGUGUGUUUUAGUUUUACUGAAAUAGUAAUUGAAUCAAUAAGUGUAGAACCGGGUUUUAAAAAAUAAGUGUGUAAUCAAGUAAUGUUUGUUGUGGCAUA